GAGUUCCUGUGGAUAGAUGAGACUGAGUGGAAGCCGUUCUGUAGUCUGGCUCUUCUAAACCCUAUCUCUGCUGUAUUUUUUAUCUCAGGGCUGUUUUCAUUCUUUUUUAUCCUCUCUGCUCUGGGGCUGUAGUGGAGUUGGGUGGAGUGGAGCAUUUGUCCCUGGCUGGCAGAGCUCCGAUGGGAGGCAGCUCUGCCUCUGGCUGGGACUGGGGAUGCUGAACGGGGGGAGGGAGGGCCUGUUUCAGCUGGGACAGCAGCUCCAGCAGCAGGGGGAGUACCAGGCCGCCCUACACUGCUUCCUCAGCUCUCUGCUGGGGUUGAGGCAUGUGCAGAGCUUUACCUCACUGCCCAACUGCCUGCAUCAGCACAGGAUCAGCAUGUUUCCUGUUGACAGUGCACGGUACACGGUGAAGAGAAGGAGUCUGUCUGUCUGUCUAGCACAAGAACAGACAGAAAAAUGUCAAAUGGCUCUUUUGAAUAUUGCUGAGCUCUUCAUCUCCGAAAAUAAUUACGGCAAGGCCCUGCAGUUCAUUCAGGCUGAGAAGAUGUUCUAUGAGGUUGCUCUGAUCGAGCUCACUGCUGUUCAGGGGAGCACAGGCCCCCAGGAGGAGGCUUUGCUGGGCUCAGCAGGGACAGGAUGGGCGUCCUCAGAGGAGCUAUCGGAUCAGGCUUCCCAGGCACAGCACCUGGAGCAGCUAGCCCAGCUCUGCAUCGUGAGUAAAAGACCUCAUCUUGCUUUAGAGUACAGUGGGAAAGCCACUAAGAUCCAUCAGAGGGCCUUUGGCAACGACCACCCCAUCACAGACAGGAGUCUGGAGCUGCUGGCCACCGUCUACGCAGAGAUCGGCAAGACAGAAUACUCAGACUCCCUGGACCAGUGUGUGUCAGUGCUGUCCAAGAGGUUUGCUUCUGCCGAGUCCUUCAGAGACAAACUCAACAACGGUCUUCCCCAUUCCCACUCCCAUUCCCAUCGGGAGAAACACUCCGAUGUCUGGCACAGGAAAGACCCCAGUCCACAGGAUGACACACCAAAACCGAAGGUCACCAACGGUAAAAUCCCUACAUCCAUACUGAAGAGGUCUGGCUCAGGAUCAGACUCGGAGCCCAGCCACAGAUGGAAAGGCGAGCGACGGGUCCGGUUCCGGGAGCCUGAGACCACCGUGCAUGACGUUCCAUACUAUGACUGUUUAGUUGCCUAUGACACGUCACCGCCACGCCCCCACCUGGCCCUGUUCACCUGCUUGUUUCUGCUGAUGUCACUGCUGGGCGUGGUCAUGUACAGCACGGACCGCCGGCGCCCACAGCGUGUGUGUGAGGAGCUGGAGGCCUCGCUGGCUGUCUAUCUGAUACACAUGAAACAGCUGCUGUGGGGCUGCUGGAUCUGGCUAACCAUGCAGUGACUGGGACCCACCGAAGGGGGAGACGUGGAGCAGUGAAUUCACUCUCUUCCUCACUACAUGUCCCUUAAGGUGUGCUUACCCAGCUUGGUCCACGAGCACACCUCAGUCAUACACACUGACUAUCUAUCUAUGGUGUUGAGAUGUGCACCCCUACUGCUACGCUCACACCCAUAUAUGGAGAAAUGUGUAAUCUCAGAGAUACAGUACGUAUCCUCCACGCCUGUACACUGGUGGUGGGUAUGCAGCCAUGUUUGUUUUAUCGAUAAGACGUUUUGCACAUCAGCAAUGUUGACGCUCACUGAUUAUGCUCACCUAAUUGCUACAAUCAUUUCCAUUUUCCAUUCUUGACUAAAUCUAUUGUAUGUGAGUAAAUGUUUAAUGGAUUGCAAAAUCAAUUGUAUUUAUUUUAUUACAGUACGUAAUUUUGUGUACUUAAAAGAUUACUACAGAUAUGAAUGUCUAUAUACCGUAUAGUAAGGAUUAUCACAAUAUUACGCCUUGUUAUUGCACAUAAUUGAAUGUAGAAAAUGUGAAAACUGCUUUAAAUUGGCAAAAAAAAACACCCUUACUGUCUAAAAUAAGGAUUAUGGAUUGAGUCAAGCACAAUGUGACCACCUUUUAAAAAGGAUUUCUGAAACAGACACAGGACUGCUUCAAUUCACAGUGCCAGGUUGAUCUAGCAAAUUGAUUGACAAAGCCAUCUUUCUUUUACAGCAUAAGAACUGUAGUCUGACCAUUUUUAGGUCAGAUAAAUGUUGUGAUCCCAGUUGGACAAAGAUGACAACUUCAGCACAAUAAUAUGAAUGCUCUCUUUCCUGGGAAUGUACUCAAAUUCAAUGAGUGAUUAUGACAGUGUACCUCUUGGUAAAUGCUAAAAUGCCACAAGUAAUAUCCUCUAUCCUCUAAAUGUUAUUUAUUUCUUAUAUACUGCAUAUCUGCAUCUACUCAAAUAUCCAAUACUUUUGUUUUCUUUACACAUUUUGAAAGGGCUUUUGUUGCAUUUCUAUUUUUUGAUUGAUCCGAUAUUCAGGUUUUAAUCUUCAUGUCAAAUGCUUUAAAAGCUGUGGAUUAUUUGGGGAUUGAAACAUACUUUAAAUUAGAGCAAAUGUUUAUGAUGCAAAGUAAAUAAAAGGUAUGUACAGCAACUGUACGGUCCAAUGAUCUAGGGUAAGAUGCAGCAACAUUGUGACACUAAUUGAAGCAUCACUGUGGGAACUUCAUUAACUGGCACCAUUCAAAUAUAGAGCAUUUAGAAAUUGAGUCUCUUCUUUACAGGUGUUGAGCUUUAAAGGGCAAUGUGAUGCUUAUCAAAUACAUGUCAAUCUGAGCAAUAAAACACAAGACAUUGUUUCCAAUAAUACAUAUUCUUUAUACAGCUUUCAGGGAACACAACUAUAGGAAAGAGUCAGUGUUGGAAAAAAUCUGAGCAAUACGAUGCAACCAAUGUCUGAAUGGAAGAGAUACUGAGACUGAAGGUUUUCUCUGCACUCUCAAGCGGAACUACUGUCAUUAGCAGCACAAAUACCUAGCAAGUAAACAUGGCCUGUAUCUGCACAUUUUGGUUAGUAGCUGCAUUUCACUGCUGACAAUCUGUAUGUGGUCACUUUGAAAGAAGUGCCUUUUAGAAGGAUUUCUUAGUUUCUAUCUUUUUUUAUUUAAUUGAAUAAUUUUAAAUAAAACUGUCAUUGCAUACCAAAGUCA